AAAAUAAAAAUUACCUGGGCAUGGUGGUGGGUGCCUGUAAUCCCAGCUACUUGGGAGGUUGAGGCAGAAGAAUUGCUUGAACCCAGCAGGCAAAGGUUGCAGUGAGCUGAGAUAGUGCCACUGCACUCCAGCCUGGGCAACAAGAGUGAGACUCUGUCUCAAAGAAAAGAAACAAACAAAAAAUUAUGUACACAAAUAUGGACAGCACUGGCAAGAAGUGUGGCAAAAACACAUGUGGUUCUCUUGUUUUGGGCUCAGACAUGUGGCUGUGCCAUCACAGGCCCCUGGGAUUUAGAAUCUUCCUUCUGAAAGGCGUCCUGUGCACACGUGAGCACCAGCCUGAACAAAUGAAAAGGCUGAGCUGGAGGGGCUGGGAUACAGCCCACCUUGACGAUAGCUGCUCCUGGCUGUGCUGGGGGGCCCCAGGAAAGGCCAUUCUCCCAUUAGGAUCACCAGGCCCUACUGAGGCUCAAGCUCCUUUGCUGUUUGGAAUCUUCCCACCCCAGCCCCCCAGCCUCAUCAAAGGCUGCCUUUUCCUGUUCACUGACCACAGCUGCUUUGACUCCAUUAGCCUCGAGCUCCUGGAAGAAAAGAAAGAACCUUGUUUUCCCUGGGCUCAAUGCCAAGAGACCGUGGGCAGUUGCUCAAGAUUCACUUGUGAAACUCGGAUCUCAGGAGGAGAGAAGCUUGGGACAAAUACCGAGCCUCCCACCCCCACUCCAACUCUGUUACUGAGCACUUUACGGAAGGAGCAGAGACAAGGCCUCAUGCUGUUGCCUAGGCUGGAGUACACAGUGGUAUGGUCAUAUCUCACUGCAGCCUCAAACUCCUGGGCUCAAGCAAUCCUCCCACCUAGCUGGGAUUAUGGGCACAUACUACCACUGCUCCCAGCGUGCACGCCUCUCACUAUGUUGCUCAGGCUGGUCUCAAACUGUGUGUGUGUGUGUGUGUGUGUAUGUGUGUGUCUAUGUUGCCCAGGUGUGUGUGUGUGUGUGUGUGUGUGUGUGCGUGCACGCAUGUGUCUAUGUUGCCCAGGCUGGUCUCAAACUCCUGGGCUCAAGAGAUCCUCCUGCCGUGUGUGUGUGUGUGUGUGUGUCUCUCUCUCUCUCUCUCACUAUUGCCAAGGCUGGUCUCAAACUCCUGGGUUCAAGAGAUCCUCCUGCCUUGACCUCCCAAAGUGCUGGGAUUCCAGGUGAGAGCCACUGCACCCAGCCUAUCUCAUCAUUCUUACUGGACCUAUAUAUGUGUGGGAUUUUGAAUUCUCCUUUGAAUGAUUGUAACUUCUUGCUAGUUCUCUCAUUAAUUAAUGAAUUCAAUUAAAUCUUUGACACAUA